AGAUGGUGCAAAGAAAAUAUUUGGACUGUUUCAUUUAUUGAACGCAGUAAGUAUCACUGUUAAUAGUGCUGCCAGAAAUUAAGGCAAAGCAUUCUUUACAACAUGGAACUAUAAAGAGCUAAAAGGGAGCCAUUUUGGGGGUGUAUUUAGAAAAUUACAGAGAUGAAAAUUACCCAUAUUAUACCCAAGGGUUCUUGGGGAAACCUGGGGAACCCCCCCGCAACCAGCACCACUGAAUUUGCCACCAAUAAAUGUUGGGGGUUCUAUGGGCCACCAAAAUUAUCUUGGCAGGCCACAUACUGCCCAUGAACUAGCCAUUUCUGCUUUAAGCGCUAGCUAUAUAUUUUUAAAUAAAAGUUGAAAUUCUCAUUUUACCCAGAAUAAGUAUCUGGGCUUUUGUAGUAUGAUUAAGGAACUGUAGAAUUCAUUGUUUUGGAUGAUUUUGCCCACAGGCUUAGUAAGUGAAUGAGAAUAGGUUUGGUGGAAGCUUGGUAAGGUUGGUUCACCUGGAUGACUUCAGAAGCUCCUUCUGCAACAAAGGACCUUGCCCUCUGAUAACUGAGCUGAAUACAUUUCUUUCAGGCCAUGGUGAGAUGAUACUAAGGAACCAUAGUGGGGAGGGUUUUGGUUCUUCUCAAGUCUGAUGCUCCCAAGUAUGUACCUGGGGACCUAGGUGUAUGUGUGCCACACAGGUGACUCUUAAGCAUGGAGAGAUGCUAUUGAGUGGCAGAGGAGAAAGUGGAGCUGCUCAAAACCUACUUUGCCUCUGCUUUUGCUUUGCCCCAAAAGAAAACAGUGCCCAACAACCUGGUGAUGAUAGAAUAAAUUAUUCAUAAAGGGAGAUGCAGCCCAAGAGGUGAUAAGAGAACACCUAGCUACUGUAAAUGAAUUCAUAUCUCCAGGGCCUGAUGAACUGCUCCCAGGGAUACUAAAGGAACUUGCAGAUGCAAUUUUAGAGGCUCCGUCUAUAUUCUUUGAGAAUUCUUUGGGGUUCCUGUGUGCUGAAGGCAGGCAAAUGUCCCCAUCUUCCAAAAAGAAAAAAAGAAAAGAAAAGAAAAGAAAAAGAAGAAGGGGGGGGGGGACGACGACCAAGCAACUACCAACUGGUUAUCUUGACGUUGAUACCAGGAAAGGUCCUAGAACAGAGAAUUAAACAGUCUGCAAGCACUUAGAAAAUGAUGCAUAGAUACAAUUUCGGCACACGUUAAAACUCUCCCUUGUUCAACACAGCCCUUGCCUGCUGUUGAUGCUGGCAGCUAUGGAAAUGUUCAGCAUGUUGACUGGACUCGCCCGUAAUUGUGUUAGUUUUGUAUGGUGUUUGAUGGUGCUAUUGCACGUCGCCACGAAACGCCCAACUAAACGCACGACGCGCAAAAAUCGCAGUAGGUCUCAAUUCUGCAGUGGGGGGGCAUCCUUCCCGCCCUCCGCGGCUCUCUUCUCUCGCAUCCCCAGCAAAACGUGGGGCUCGAAAAGCCCUCCGGUUUCCAACCUCUCGCCAUCGAUUUCCAGCCUUUCGCUGCCGAGUAGACUAGUCCUCCUUUCCCUCCCCGAUCUCGCCCCCCGCCACCAGCGGCGCCAAGGAGACGCACCGAGGGGAAGCACCGCGGAGCAGCCUCCGCGUCCGGCUCCCCGAGGCCGGUCGUCGUGCUCGCUAGUGGACUGGGGUGGGGUGAGGAUCUCCGCCCUUCCCGGGAGAAGAGGAGGAGGAGGAGGCGUCGCCUCCCGCCCCCCGCCCCCCGGAUCCAGUUUCUCGGCUCCCGCCCUCUCCCGCAGCGUCGCCCUGGGGCGCGCCGAGCUGGUCUGAGCCGUCGGGAGCUGCCGCGAUGGGAGCCUGGGGCCUGGCGGCGAUGGUGCUCUGCAGUCUGGCUGCUGCAACCUCCGGUGAGGCGGUGGAGGCGAGAGAAGCGAGGGGAAGGGAAGGCAAGGGGGGCCUGGGCGAGGUGGGCAGGAGGAUGGGCCGCCCCAAGGCUACACGCUGCCCCGCCCGAGGUGCCUUUCUCCUCCUCCCGCCCCAGGAGAACAACAGGGGCGCUGGGGGGCGCGCCUGCUUCGGGCCCGACCUGUGGAGCCAACAGCCCUGCCUUGUCCUGGCGCCCCUUGGAAAUAUGGGUCACGGGUCUAGGCGCGCCUCUACUGGGAGGAGGAAAAGCUGGGGCGGGGGGGAGAUCUGUUUCUUCCCCGGAAUUCGAACCCGGGGCAAGUUGUUCCCCAGAUUGUUUUUUUCAACCUGAGAAGCCACGCCUCUGAGCAUGUGCAAAAUGCCCCGGGGCCCCUCACACAGCUCCCAUUAGUUGGGAAGAAGCGGAUCCUCGCGUGGUGGCUCUGCCUGUGGGCCCUUUGCUUCUGCUUGCUUGUGAAUUGAGGGCUGUCCCCACCCCAUAUAUUUCUCAAGGUUUUCUGCCUUGGGAGUUACGUCUUAGAUUGAAGCUAACCAGAGGUGUGUAUGGAUUACUCAUGGUGUGGCGAGAAAGUGGAUUGAGAGAAGUUUCCUAACCCCUCUCUGAGUAUAGGAAGCUGGGUGGUGGGAGAUUCAGGACAGAGAGGAAGCGCUUUUUGAAAGUGCAGGUAGUUAAAACUGGAAUUGGUUACACACAACAUUUCUCAACCUGUGGGUCCCCAGAUGCUGUUGAACUACAACUCCCAUCACCCCUAGCUAGCAAGGCCAGAUUUGUUCCUAUGGAGGCAGACACCCUAUGGAGAGUAUCACGCCCAAACUGGUCCUUGACCAUAUGGAUUGCCUAGAAACAAACCCAACAGGAAUCUACUAAGUCUUCUUAGAGUUUUGGCUUAAAACUAUGUAUUCCCUCAAUUAGUAAUUUUCAUUAUUAUUUUUUUUAUUUAAAAAAUGAGGAUCUUAAACCACUGUUAGAUAUAUUAAGAAGCUACAUUAUACCAAGCCAGAACAUUGGUCCAUCUUGCCCAGUAUCAUCCACACUGUGGAUCUCCAGGACUUCAGAUAUUCCCAGGCCUACCUGGAGAUGUGUGGGAUUGAACCAGGCAGUGUCUUCAUGCACAGCAAAUGCUCUACCACUGAAUUACAAUCCUUUUUUUUUUAUUAAGUGGUAUAUAAUCUUCUACACAAGUAGAAUUCAUGGAUUGGUUUUAGGAGCCAGAAAAGAGUCAAAUAUAAGAAACUUGCCGUACUAAACCCUGAAAAUUUCUGAGUGUGCUCCAUUGAAGUGAAUGGGAGCUGUGCAAGAAUGUGAGUAUUUAUCUCAGUGGCGUUUGUGCAGGGAAAAACUUUCAAUGGUAUUUGCACUUUGUAGGUAUUGUGAUCACUGCCACCAAUCCAUGCAUUCUGUUGCUGCAUCUUGGGCACCUCUUGGAAGCCACUGAAAAGGCACAUACCAACGCCUACCUGCUGAACCCUUUUUCCAUUUCCUGCCACGUCCCCAUAGAGUUCUUUGUGGGUAAUUUUUGUCUGUGGCUAAGGAAGGAUGUUGAACCUGUAAUUAGAGGGGACCAAGAGAAUUAAAUGUCUUAUUCAGUGUGAGUUUCAAAAAUAGCUAUGCCUUUUUUUUAAAAGAAAUGUGGAUUUGUGCAUUGACUUGAGUGCAUGCAGUAACUUAUCCCUGGCAACUGAACAUGCUGCUGUCUGAUUCUCUCAGUACAGUAAUUCCUUUCUAUUUCCCCAAAAAGCGGGGUUAUCUGACUAUACUAUAGAAAGAGCCAGAGUGUAAUUGCUAAUGCUCUUUUAAUUGACUAUUCAGAUUGUUGCUGACCGUUAGGUCCAGUCGCGGAUGACUCUGGGGUUGUGGCGCUCAUCUCGCUUUAUUGGCCGAGGGAGCUGGUGUACAGCUUCCGGGUCAUGUGGCCAGCAUGACUAAGCCGCUUCUGGCGAACCAGAGCAGCGCACGGAAACGCUGUUUACCUUCCUGCCGGAGCUGUACCUAUUUAUCUACUUGCACUUUGACGUGCUUUCGAACUGCUAGGUUGGCAGGAGCAGGGACUGAGCAAUGGGAGCUCACCCCGUCGCAGGGAUUCGAACUGCCGACCUUCUGAUCGGCAAGUCCUAGGCUCUUGAUCACAUGAUGCCAUGCAGACACACUAUUUGAAUGGGAAUGCCCAUCAACUUUGCAGGGACUUGGCCCCCUAAAAUAUUUUAUUGUGGGGGCCGAAGCCCCCAUGACCCCUAGGAAUUGGCUCCUAUGACCCCAAUACUGUCUAUUCUGACUGGCUGCAGCUCUCCGCUGUAUUAAGGCAGAAGUAUUUCUCCUUAACUGGAGGUGCCAGGGGUUGAUGAGGCUUUCUAUGUACCAGUUGUGUGCUCUGUCACUGAACUAAUGCCCCUCCAAUAAUUUGCUUGUAGUUGCUUUUCCUUAAAUCUAAAGCAAAUGGAAAGCCUGUAUUGGCAGGAAUGCACUUGUUGUUUCUUUUACACUUUUUAUCCUAUGGUAACAACUAUUGCUAUAUGGAAUAAGAAGUACUAGAGAGCCUCAAAUAUAUUUCUGCAUGUUUUAUGAAAACAGUAUCUGUAUGGAAUCUAUAAACUCUGUCUCUCUUGUGGGGUGCCAUUUCCAAAAUAGUGCUGAUAACUACGAUGGGCCUGUGAUUAAAGAAGUAAAUGCCAGCAAUGAUAUUUACAAGAGAGAGAUACAGAAUUGAUUCCUCAAUCCUGAAAAACAGUCUCUCCUCAGAGUGUUGUCCCAGACUGCUGUCUCAGAUUAACUUAAUAUAGAUUACUUAUCCCUUAACAUACCCAUUAGAGUUAUUACUUGUUUGUUACAUUUACGGUAUAUCCCAACUCUCCUCCAGGGAAUUAAGAGUGCCAUACAUGGUUCUCCCCCUCCCCAUUUCGACCUCACAACAACUCUGGCCCAAGGUCCCCCAGUGAGCCUCAUAAAUGGAGAUUUGAACCCUGAUCUCCUGGGUCCUAGUCCAAACCACUGGACUCAGUGGUCUAAACCACUGAGUCUCUUGGGCUUGCCAAUCAGAAGAUCAGCGGUUUGAAUCCGUGCGACGGGGUGAGCUCCUGUUGCUCUGUCCCAGCUUCGACCAACCUAGCAGUUGGAAGGCACACUAGUGCAAGUAGAUAAAUAGGUACCUCUGUGGCAGAAAGGUAAACGACUUUUCUGUGCGCUCUGGUUUCCGUCACUGUGUUCCGUUGCGCCAGUAGCGGUUUAGUCACACUGGCCACAUGACCUGGAAAGCUGUCUGUGGACAAACGCUGGCUCCCUUGGCCUGAAGCGAGAUGAGCACUGCACCCCAUAGUUGCCUUUGACUGGACUUAACUAUCCAGGGGUCCUUUACCCUUUUUUUUUUUUUACUGUCCAACCACCAAACUGACUUACUAGUAAGUCACAAUUUUACUGCUGAUUUCAGACACUGACUUCUACCCAGCUUCUUUAUUUACUUCCAUAACAGUUCCUAGAGACAGAAGAAAACUUAUUUUUCUUGCACCCCAAUGUUUAUUAGUCCUGUUUUCCUACUGAGGAGCAGAAAAACCCUUUAUUCUUGAAGCUACAGUGCUUAUUGGGCAGAAAAACCUCUCCAGUGCUUUGGCAGAUGGAGUGUUAGGGGCUCUCUCUGUAACAGUCUGUUGUGUUUGGUCUGUGGCAGUAGUUUUGUUCAGUAGAGGAGUAAUCUAAGAUCUGUCGCAUGUCAGAUGACUCUGCCUUAGAUCUAGAUAUAGGGUGGAAUUCAAUGGAGGUAUUGCAUGCAUGGAAUGAGCUCUGCUCAUGCAGUAGGAUUUCCCUCCUUUCCUAUCCCCUCUGCCCCAUAUAUCUUCUCUGGAGGCUUGGGGGGGGGAAUCCCAGAACAGAUUUAGGGGGUGUGCAGGGGGAAAUGUCCCACUGUGUAAGUAAACCUUGUUUCCUUUAUUAGUGCUACACUGAAUUGAGUUCCACCCACAGUCUCUGCCCCACACUUGAGAUUAAAAAAAGUUUUCAAAGCAGUUUUCAAUUUGUGACAAUUAAAAACACAUACAGAAGUUAUGCUGCUAUUCCCAACACAAAAUACAGCUGCAAAGAGAUGGGUUUUUUAAUAAAAAAAAAUCAAGGAAAGGUUCUGGCAAGAGCAAGUCAGUGUGGUAGGAGAAAUUGUGAGCCACAAAUCUAAGUAACUGAGGCUCAAACUACGCAUAAUGCUGGCAGACCAAUCAGUUUAAAACCAGGGGCUCUCCUCAUUGCACAAAAAAGGAGGGGGUGAAAACCUAAUUUAUAGAGCAAAAAGAGUGUGCAGGUGGGGGUGUAGGCCAGACAGGAAGGAGAGCCUAUGAUCCUCCAGUUGUUGUUGGACUCCAACUCCCAUCAACUCCAACCAUAGUUGGCUGUCAGGAAUGAUGGGAAUUGUAGUCCAGCAACAUCUGGAGGGUUGGUCUCUGGAUCAGUGAUAGCCUCUUCCUUUAAAAAUCAAAUCAACCAUGGAAAGCUGUGAUGAAGAGUAGAAGAGUCUCUUUAACCAUGGCCAUUUUACUGUUCAAAAUUACUAUCUUGACUCCUUUUUCAUCUGUGAUACCUAUAUUUCUUUCCUUUCUUGGGUAAAAAAGCAGCUUGGGCAGCAGGGGCUUAAAGGUAAAGGUAAAGGGAUCCCUGAUCAUUAGGUCCAGUCGUGGCCGACUCUGGGGUUGCGGAGCUCAUUUCGCUUUAUUGGCCAAGGGAGCCGGCGUACAGCUUCCAGGUCAUGUGGCCAGCAUGACUAAGACGCUUCUGGAGAACCAGAGCAGCGCACAGAAAUGCCAUUUAAUUUCCCGCCGGAGUGGUACCUAUUUAUCUACUUGCACUUUGAUGUGCUUUCGAACUGCUAGGUUGGCAGGAGCAGGGACUGAGCAAUGGGAGCUCACCCCGUCGUGGGGAUUCGAACCGUCGACCUUCUGAUCAGCAAGUCCUAGGCUCUGCGGUUUAACCCACAGCGCCACCCGCAUCCCUUACAGGGGCUUACUUACUGAUAAAAAGGCCAGAGGAGGAAGCAGUCCCCCUAGAGGAGAAACACAUCACCCCUAUCACCAGCACACAAAAGCAGGAGCCUUAAGUGGGCUCAGUGUAAUCUUUCAUUAGAACUGUAUUUAUUCUAAAGCAAACAUUCUUCUUCUAUUCACUAUCCCACAGAUUUCAAAAGUAGCUGUUCCAUCUUUUCCUUGCUAAAUAACUAUUUGAGAAUACUGCAUAUAAGUUAUAGAUUUGAGAUCCCUCCCUGUCAGAUACAUUUAAAAGCUGGUUAAAGAACUCAGCCUCUGGAAUUAUAUGUACAAUGCAGUGCCGCUUGUGUGGGUUUCCUGUUUAAUAACAAAAAUUACUUUUAUUAAAAUAUUUUCUUGGAUAACAAAAGUACAUACUAUACAGCAUAUCUGCUUGCAAUUCAUAGAGUCCUUUCUACGGAUUGGUUGUCUGGCUUUUCUGUUUCUUUUUGUUUUCAUAACCGUUUAUUUCCCCCCUCAUUAUCUGUAGUAACACCAAAAAAAUAAUAGAAUUGAAAGAGAAGGAAGAAUCAGAACAAAAACUUGGAAUUCUUGAAAAACAGAUGCUUUGUGUUGUCCAAAACUAUCUGGAAGAUAAGAGACUUCUAGUCAUUAAAUGAUGCCUAUGUUCUUGCAGCUGAGCUGCUCCUUGUCACCUUCUUCGAGGAUCAAGGAUGUACUCACUUGCUGUUGGUGUGGGCGGGGGGAGGAGAGAGGGAGUUGGUGGCUUCAGAGCUAAAUGCUUUAAUUGAGGAUAAUCAGAUGAAGAUGUAUAUCAGACAAAUAUUAAUCAAAGGAAGACAAGAUAAUCCCAUGGUGGAGACAGUAGGGGAAAUGAAUCUACUUACGGUAACAAGAGUGGAUUCUUUUGUGGCUAGCUAAAUGUGAAAGGCUGAAUGAAAAAUUGCCGGGGGUGUGGUGGAGCUGGGAGAAUGAAGUCUGGGAACCCUUAAAGGGAGGGAAAUCCUGACCGCAAGGGAGGAAAAAUAAAGCAUGGGGGGAGGCAUGGAAGAAGGCAGAUAUCUGUUGGCAGAGUACGAAACUUUUAAUCUCAGUGUUGUGGUUCAAGUCCCACAUCGGGCAAGAGAUCCCUGCAUUGCUGGGAGUUGGACUAGAUGACCCUUGUGAUUCCUCCCAACUCUACCAGUCUAUGCUUCUAAGGGGGAGACUGAGCAGAAAUAGGACAUUUGAGAUCAUGGCUCAUGGCAGAAGCCUUGUAAGAGGUCAAGUGCUGAAUUGCCUUAAGAAGGUUGCCACUGUCAUGAGUUUGGUUGAAUUUAUCUUCUUUUUUUCUUUUAAUAUUUUUUAUUAGUAAUUUCAACAUAACAUUUUAACAAAAAACAUAUCAUCCUUAAAUCCCCCCCUAUUUUUCCCUCCCCCUCCCCGAAACAUAACCCCCUCCCCUCCGCCCUCCAGACUUCCUUCAGCUCCCCUCUCUGGUUUAUCAACAUAUGUUAUUUUCUGCAUGUUACAAGGUUGAAUUUAUCUAUCCAUCCAUCGGCCAAUCAUAUAAUGAUUGCCAGAGUCCCUUGCUCAUUACUUCAGUACAGUGGUACCUCGGGUUACAAACACUUGGGGUUACAAACUCCACUAACCCGGAUGUAGUACCUUGGGUUGCGAACUUUGCCCCAGGAUGAGAACGGAAAUCGUGGCGCAGCGGCAAUGGGAAGCCCCAUUAGCAAAAGCGCACCUCAGGUUAAGAACGGUUUCAGGUUAAGAACAGACCUCUGGAAUGAAUUAAGUUCGUAACUCAAGGUACCACUGCAUUAGGUUUAAUGUGAAUUUCUUGCAUCCAAUUGUGCAUCUUGGUGGUGCUGUCCAUGGUACCAUCUUUGGUACCAUUUUAAUGACCAGGUACAGUACUGUGAAGUAUUGCUUCAGAGCCAACAUGGGGCAACUUCCAUAUUGAGAUUCCUACUCCCACCCCCACAUUCUGUGCACUUGUGAUCUGCAAGCUGUAGAAGCAGAUUUUUUUAUCAAGUUGAUUGGAUUUGUCUUAGUCUUUGGGUGGUUGGUGAAGACCUUUUUAAUCUGAAAAACUUCUGAGUGGAUCUGGCUAGAUGCUUCUGUUAAAAAUGUCCAUACCUACACUUAUCUUUCUAUAGACAUUUGUUUCUGUCUUGGAUCUGUGUUGCUUAUGACCCCGAUAAUACUAGGAGGGUGGUUUUUCCUUUUUUCCAGUUUUGUAUAAGGAAGAGAUGUUUUUACUGCACUAAAGGAGUUGAUGCCAGAAACGUUAAUUAUUCAAGCUCUGUUGCAAGAGUGCUUUUUCCAUGCUUGGCAAUAUCUCUGCACAAAAUACUAAAGAGUGAUUAAACUCAGUAAAUCGACUAUCUAGCCAAAAACAAGUCUGUUGUACGAGCGUCUCUAAGAUCAUAUAGAAAUAGACAGGGAGGUAUAUGAUUCAGAUUUCUGGUUGGAAGACACUGAAGAAAUUCCUUUCCGAUGUCCAAAUCUUCCUACAGAUGGAUAGCUUACAUGUUAGAAGGCUACGCUUGUAUUAGCUUGCUCUUCUACCUCUCCAUCCUGUCACCGCAGAACUAUUCCUACUGCAUGCCUCAAACCCUAUAGAAGAAGUAAUAUGAGAGUGUUAAUGGUGGCUAUGCACACCUCUUUUCUGGGCUUCCAGUGCCAGGGGAAAGAGUGAUGCUGUGGUCUGCAGAGAGAGAAAGAAAGGGAGGUGCAGCUGUUCCUCCUACAAAAAACCCACAAAACUUAUAUAUUGCCUAUCCUGGCUGCUAGUCUUGGCUCAAUGAGUGAGCACAGCAAAUAUGGGCCCUUGAUGAGAUUGUUUUCCCUGAGACCCAGUAUAUUUCCAUUUCUUUUUUUUGGGACCAGGUGGCUAUGACCUUUAGGUGUCUGUCAGCCCUGUAGUUCUGUGGUCUCAUGGCUGUUUUUCAACUUUCUUAACCCACAAAGCCAUGCAACUUCUAGCUAAUGUUUCUCAGUCAGUCUGUAUUGUGGGUGGGACAGUGGGGACUGUCAGAGAAAGGGCCUUUUCAGCAAUGGCAUCCCAAUUGUGAAACACCUUCGAAUCUCGCGUGGCAUCUAGGUCAUGAUUGUCUAUUUUGUUUUAUUUCCCCCCAGACAUUUUGAGAUUAUUUAAAGAUUUUUGGUAUUUUUAAUUCUGUUGUUUUCAUAUGUGUUUUGCUGCACCUGGUUUUAUGUAAUUGUUUAAUUUUGUAGUGCAGGUUUAUUUCUGUUUAAUAUUUAGGGUUCUGGUUUUUUAAAAUGAUUUUAACAUUUAUUGUUGACCGAGAAGGUAGUGCUAAUUGGGUGCCUUAGGGUGAAGGGCAGGUAAUAAAAUAACAACAAUGACAACAACAACAACAGUAAUAAUAGAAAUGCAAAAUAUGUUUGUAAAUAAUAAACUCAGUUUCCAUGGACUGGGGGACACUGAGCACACUCAAGAUAAAGGGAAGUCACUGUAUUUAUUAAAAUGUAUACAUAUUUUAUUGAUUCAUUACAAAGAGAAAAAUGCAAACAUAACAAAAAGGAAGAAAACAAAGAAUAAAAAAUGCAAACCAUAAAGCAUCACAGCCUGGCAAGACAGAAGUACAAAGACAGAAGUCACUGUAUGGGAAAAGUACUUAUUGAGUAAUCAUCAGAUCAUUGCUUUUGAGAUUUGCCUUAAUCUUGUAUUUACUGCCAGAGAUUACAAACACAUUUCUAGAUUCUGUGGCGUGGUGAGAAUACACCUUCUCUGUAAGGGAAUUGCUUGCAUGGUGGGGAGGGGCUGCUUUUAGAAGUGCAGAUACUGAAUGGACUAACAUUUGUCAAAAAAUAUAAUGCUGGUGUUUUGGACAAGGGCUGGUUCAGAGCUCCACUUGGGCAUGAAGCUCAAUGUGUGAUGUUGUAACUUAACCUGUCUCACAGGAUUGUUGUGAGAAUAUAGUGGCGGUGGUAAGAAUCAUGCACAUCAUUUGGAGCUACUUGGCGAAAGGACAAAAUAUUAUAAGUAAAUAAAAUAGCUUGUGUACGACAGAUGGUUAUGACAGUUUCUUCAGAAGUUCAGCAUAGUUUGAAAACAAAAUAUAUGAAAAUACAGUGGUGCCUCGCAAGACGAAAUUAAUCCGUUCCGCGAGAGUCUUCGUCUAGCGGUUUUUUCGUCUUGCGAAGCAACCCUAUUAGCGGCUUAACGGAUUAGCGCUAUUAGCGGUUUAGCGGCUAUUAAAGGCUUAAAGGCUUAGGGGAUUAGCUGCUAAAAGGCUAUUAAAGGCUAUUAAAGGCUUAACAGAUUAGAUAAAGGGGGGGAAAAGCGAAAAAAAAAUCUCAAGACUCGCAAGACAUUUUCGUCUUGCGAAGCAAGCCCAUAGGGGAAUUCGUCCUGCGAAGCAACUCCAAAACGGAAAACCCUUUCGUCUAGCGGUUUUUCCGUCUUGCGAGGCAUUCGUCUUGCGGGGCACCACUGUAACUUAUGGUUUAAGUGCAGGUCAUUAUGAUGGCAUUGAAAUAAGCUUGAAUUGGAUGGAUUUGCCAAUUUGCCCCAUCAUUGCCCCAAAGUACUAGAUAAUUUCCUCACUGCUAAAAUACAAGCAGACCCUGCAUGCUCUAUGCACCUAGUGCAUCAAUACAGCUUCCUAAAAGAUUUGAGAGCUUAUGGCAGUUGCUAUGGCCCAAAGGUCACAGGCAGAAUGACAGGAGGGUGGGAUUCCUGAGUAAGGAGCUGGACCUGGCUGGAUAAGGCAGGUUUCAUGAAUCAAAGCUGCGCUGUGUGUAUAGAGCAGGGCAUGCAUCAUUUCCAUCCAUUCCAAGGCGGCUGAUCAUGUUCCAUAUUUGGAGAUUACAUUUGGAAGAGAAGGGGACUUGGAGCAUGAGUAUGAACUUCCAAAACAUGAUACUCUAGGUGGCAAUAUAAAACCACGGCAGCUGCCCAGUCUACAUGUCUCAAAGAGCGGAGGAGUUUCAGUUUCCUGUUCCCCUGCUGCCCUGACUCACGGCCAGGUCUGGUGUAAUAUGAUCUAUGUGUGCCUGAUUUUUCUCGCCUGCGACAGGCUUUAUAUAUGCAUGCUCAUCUACAUUUCCAAGAAGGAAGGACAUGCAUGUGACUUCAGCACCUGCCCCCUCAUCUAUUUAUUUUAAAAGCAGAAUGGCUACAUGUGCACCAUGUUGUCUGGACAACAGGAAAAGUAGUUUUGUCCUACAUUUUGUUCAACUGCAGAUAAGGAGUGACAAUGAGUUAAUACAGCCCAUGAAAAGAAUAAAAGAAGAGCCUGCUGGAUCAGGCCAAAGCCCCAUCUAGUCUACAGCACUCUUCCCCCCCACUUGCAAUGUUCAGCAACUGGUAUGCCAAAGCACACUCCUUCUGAUAUCCAUAAUGGCUAGCGAGCAUUGCCAUAGGCUUGUCUGCAUGAAUUUGUCUUAUCUCCUUUUAAAACCAUCCAAACUGGUGGCCAUCACAACACCUUUCAACAGUGUGCCGUUUAACUAUGUGCUGUGUCUGUCCUUCCAACAUUUGGCUUUAUUGGAUGGUCCCAGUGAUCUGUUACUCCUCUUGCUCAGGACAUGUAUCUACAUAGGGAGAUAGGAGGCUGUCUGGUUAAUUGUUUCUGCUUCCGAGGGAAAAGGAGAAGGGAAUUGAAGUAGGAUUUGAAAAAGUGAAGAGGGCGAAUGUGUGCCAAGAGCUUCUUGCAUAUCCCCAUUGGGAGAACUUUACUCUAGAACAGGCAUAUCCAACUCCCAAGAGACUGUGAUCCUACUCCCAAUAUAAAAAAACUGGCAGUGAUCUACCAAAGGUGGCAACUAAAUGGGGGGAGAUUUGCCAAGGGUUGUUCAGCUUUUUUUUGGGGGGGGAGGCCAAAGCUGUUUCUCAGUGAUCACUUCCUAUCGUCCCGCGAUCUACCUGGAGCACCCCAGUGAUCUACCAGUAGAUCACGAUCUACAGGUUGGACAUCCCUGCUCUAGAACAACAAACGUGUUACCUGGUGGCCAGGAGCUCAUUGCAUUGAGUACCCACAAUGUCUGUCCAGCAGGCAGACAGUCAUACUUCUGACAUUCUGAAUAGGCCUGACAUCCUUGCUUCAUCUCUGAUAUUAUGGUUUGUUAUGCUAAUUUGUUUUGGAGCUUGGGAUUUGUUACAGAGAGAGUAGCAGGUUGGAGAGAAUAGCCUGCCCUGGUCUCCUUGCCCAGCUUCCUACAUCACUUGUCACUUUGAAGCUUUGCCACUGGGCCCAAGAUGCUUCAUCAGAUGGGGCUCCCCUCCAGUGUGGAAUAAAGGCUAUUACCUUUACCUGGUUUACAAAGGAGAGGAGUUCAUGUGAGGUUUAGCACAUUUAUUGCAAAGGACACUACUGGCAUUAGGACUCUUGAUCACUUGUUAGGUGAUACAGUGUUGCUUUGAUUGGAUUAGAAACUGGAUGAAGAUUAAGCAUUAGCUAUUUUAGGAGUCCCAGCCGAUGUAUAGAGGGUGUCAAUACUCCCUUGUCCAUUUAAAUAGAGGGCUUCAGUGGAAACUUUCAAGUGCAUUUUAUCUUGGCCUGCUAUAUCUUUACUAGCUCCCUUCAGAGCAAAUGGAAGUUUUUGGUUAAAGUCCCCUUGAUGGUAGCUAUUAUUAUUAUUAUUAUUACACACCACUUCUAUUUAUGGGAAUUCUUUAGCCACAGAGAAUUCGAAAGUGUUGCUGUCUCCCUUAGUGUGACCCAACUGUUCUUACUUUGAUAGGAAUUUACUGAGAAAUAGCCUGCUUUAGUCACUUUUUUUUUUAUGAAGGCAUCUGCACAGUGAAAAAAAAUCCCUCUCGAGUUCUGUCAGGGACACGGGUGGUGCUGUGGGUUAAACCACAGAGCCUAGGACUUGCUGAUCAGAAGGUCAGCAGUUCAAAUCCCCUUGACGGGGUGAGCUCCCGUUGCUCGGUCCCUGCUCCUGCCAACCUAGCAGUUCAAAAGCACGUCAAAGUGCAAGUAGAUAAAUAGGUACCACUCCGGCGGGAAGGUAAAUGGCGUUUCCGUGCGCUGCUCUGGUUCACCAGAAGCAGUUUAGUCAUGCUGGCCACAUGACCUGGAAGCUGUACACCAGCUCCCUUGGCCAAUAAAGCGAGAUGAGCUCCGCAACCCCAGAGUCGGCCACGACUGGACCUAAUGGUCAGGGGUCCCUUUACCUUUACAUGCUCUGUCUGUUCAGCUUCUGGUUUGUUUCCCUCCCAGCAGUCCUAAAAUCCAACUUUUAAAAGCUCUAUAGAAUAGUUGCAUAAUUUCCCCACGUGUAGAUGUCCUGCUGGGUGGCUAUUUUGGCCAGUUAUGGACUGCAUAGCUUGCCCUAGUCGUUUUCUUCUCUGUCAACUGUUCCAUCUCUCUAGGAAUAAACACUAUCACAUUAACCCCUCCAUUUCUAUGCUGGAGAGGCAAUCAUGAUUGGCAGUGCAGUGAAUGGGGAGUAUUUAAUCCUUCCCUCACACAUAAUGGCCCCAAUGAAAAUAGCCCCACUCCAAUAUUUGGGCUGUGGAAAAGCGGAGUGUCCCCUUGGCUGAAGAGUGUUAGAAGUUUGGAAACAGAUUUGCUGUUCUGCUUUGAGCAGUAGAGUUUUGGGUGCUGUUAAACUGUCCACCUCUGGAAGCAAUCGCAGAGAAAGAACAGAGAAUUGUGAUAUGGAAUUGGGAUACAACUUUCUCAUUUGUAUGCAUUCAUGCAGGAAGUUUAUACUGCAUUUAGAGGAAGAUGUGCAGUAUAUCCUGAUCCUUGUAAAAGUGGAUCUUGAGCAGGGAAUAGCUAGAUUAUGAAGACUGCAUCUUGUAUUAUUGGAUUGCAUUCUAGUGCGCUCCUUGGACUGUAUUCCAGUGGUGAAAGAAAAUAGAUGGUUUUUUAUUUUCUGGUAUGAAUGCUAGCAGUGAUAAAGUUGUGCUGUCAUAUGGCAUCACUGCCAUUUAUUUUAAGCAUGUGGGUAGGGAAGCAGACAGGCUGCAGUUGACAAGUGGUGAGGGAAAUGUACUCUGCACAUGCUCAGAGGCAGGUAGAGACUAACGAAUGACUUAUUCAACCUCCCCACAGUCUCAGCCGAUGAGGACUGCAAGUGGUACAUGGACCGAAAUGGCUCAUGGCAUCCCGGCUUCGACUGCCACUUUCCCUCCUUCUGCUGCGGUGACUGCUAUGAGCGUUACUGCUGCAUUGACCUCAGGAAACUCCUCACUGAACGGCAACAAAAGCACUGCAUAGCAUUUGGGUAAGAACAGGCAAGAUGUGUGCCAAGAAAGGGAGGGGCUGGGAGAAAAAGAGAGACAGGAAGAAAGGGUCAAGGUUGUGCUUCAAUACUUGAAAAGGCUAAACCAGAUGGAGCUGAGGAGGAAAGAAGUGAGCAGACUUCUUAUUAUCCCCCACUCCUUUUUGUUCCUGAUAUGCAGCCAUGGAGGGGUUGCAAAUUUGAUCAGAUCAUAAUAGUGGCUGUGUGGGGGCAGGGGAAUAAUUUCCUCUGAGUGGUUUUUAUACUCAAAAUUCCUGCUGUGCAGCUGGGAAUGGCUUUCACCAUGGAGAUGGACCCUAAGGGAUGUUGGAAAAUUCUGACAAAACAGAAAUGGGAGUGGGAUUUGCCAAUGUUCAUUUAUUUGCCCCAUGUCCAAAAUAGACAUCCAUCCAGUGAACAUGAUUGUUAUUUACUGCUGCUGCUGCUUUCCAUCCUCAAACAAUACACAGUUAAUUACAUUCCUCCCCCUAUUUGCAUUGCAUCUCUUUGCAUUGAAAUGAUCGGGGUGGAGUAAUGCAUUGACAAGGUAAUGGCAUAAUUUACUUAAUUAAUUACAUAAAUGAUGUAAGUUACAUAAAUUCGCUACAAUGGACAGCGAGAUGAAUAACAUUGUUUUUGGCAGAAGGUGAGCUGCAGCAGAAUGGAAACAGUUCUGCAUGCUGGGAAUACAGGGCAGAACGAAAAACACUUCCUUUUCAAAUCCCUACUGCAGACAUGUGUAUGUAUACACACACUGUGAUCCACACACCUCACUGAUUUGAGCAUAAAGUACAGAGCUCAUACCUCAGUUAGAAAUCAUGGAUAUCAUAGGUAAGAUCAAUCCCUAGUGAAGGUGAACCUCAUGGGAUCUCCUACUCCAGAGUUGGAAAACCUGGGGAUUAACAUGACAGCAAAAAAUGGGAAUUUAUUUAAAGACAAUCAUAUCCUUGAAUUCUGAUAUUACCUCUGGAUUGCCUGGCUAGAAGAUGGAGAGCUGUGUGAGCAACUUCUGACAUUUGUGCUGCUGGAGUGCAGCCUACUAUACAAAGGUUGCUCCACCCAUUUUUAGCCUCUGACCCCACCCACUUUUGUCUCUGCCUCUGUCCAUCAAUGGCAUGUGCCCUGCUCCCUCCAAAGGGUGCCCAGGAAGGAUCACAUCCUUUUGACUCUAAAAUGUUCUCCACUCCUGCCAUAGUUUCUAUAGUCUCUCUACACACAUACGGUAUAUUAAAAUUGUCUGCCUCAAAGGUUGUUGGAUCCAGUAGGUUUCCAUUCUGCCCUCAUCAGUUUCCAGUUAGCUUAUCAAGGUUUCCUGUUGAUGCCCUGGUGAGUUAACUAUUUAUUCCAUUUAACCCACAAUCAGGGUAGCUAAAAACUAGAAGAGGAAGCAUUUGACCACACAUUCAAUGCAGGCUAAUGCAUGAAACUGUUAUUCUUAAUCAUGUAAUUAUAGGUAUGGGGUAGAGGGAGGGUGUGUUUUUUACAUACAGCUAAAAGUAAUCUGUCACCUAGCUCAUCUAUAUUGACAACACAAUUUCCCUCUGUUAUUAUUAAGAAAAACACAUUUAUUUCUACCUCAGCCAAGUCUACUUCUGGAAUCUCCGGUGUCUGGUUUGGUAUCAGAUGCUAUUGUAUGCACACCUUAUUUAUCACCUCUGUCUGUAUCUUAUAGCCCCAAAACCAUUGCUGGCAUUGCUUCAGCUGUGAUUCUCUUUGUGGCUAUUGUUGCCACAAUUGUCUGCUGCUUCCUGUGCUCCUGCUGCUACUUGUACCAGCGACGGCAUCACCUUCAGACACCCUAUCAAGGUAGGAGAAGUCCUGGUGAUGUGGGCCAUGACCUUCUUUCUCACAAGUAGCUCAGGAUUAGAGAUGAUAUGAAUCUCCAUGAUCUGCAAAUUCUUGUGCAGAUACUGUUUAUAUGCUUUUGUGGAAGUGUUCUCGUAAGCUGCAGGUCUGAGAAUAUCAAUGUUUUAGAAUUUUUAUUUUUCUUAAGGCAGCAAUUGGAUGUGCAAGGUCAUGCAAAACAAAAACAAAUCAAAUUUUCUUUGGUUUUAAACCUGUUCUGGAUAACAAGAUAUAUUCAUGUCUCAUAAUGCAGCAUAUAACACGAAGAGAGGGCUUCAGCUGGGGAUCAGCUAAUUUUCUAUAAAAUGCAUUCAUAUUUGCAAUGGGACUUCUGCAGUUCAGAUGUGCUUUCCAAUGGGGAAUCUUUCCUGUGGCAUUUGACUAGCUACUGUGGAAGACAGAGAGUGUUAGAGUAAAUGGAACUUUGGUCAGAUCCAGCAAGGCAGACCUUACAGAACAUUUGGCUUAGGCCUUGAUGUUCUCUGUCUUGGAGAUGUUAAUCUAUCUAUAGCAUACUGUGUUUGUUGCCCAGUUAAAUAUGCUAUGUAGCCUCUUCUGCAAGGAUAUUUCUCAAGACAACUGACCUGCAAGAGUAGACCUACACAUUUGUAGAUUGGGGCAGUUAGCUGUGCUUUUCUUUGCAUGUGUGGACUGUGAAAGCAUGCUUGUUGUUUAGUCAUUUAGUCGUGUCCGACUCUUCAUGACCCCAUGGACCAGAGCAUGCCAGGCACUCCUGUCUUCCACUGCCUCCUGCAGUUUGGUCAGACUCAUGUUGGUAGCUUCGAGAACACUGUCCAACCAUCUCGUCCUCUGUCGUCCCCUUCUCCUUGUGCCCUCAAUCUUUCUGAACACCAGGGUCAUUUCCUGAAAAGCUUAUGUGAAAGCAUAAACAGCAGCAAAUGAAGCUAUGGGGAUUAAAUGGGACAGCUUUUGUCCCCCAAAACAAAUAACUCCAAAAUGUGUGUAAAAUGAUGAACAUCCUACAUUCAUGUUUACACCGAUAUGGUCUGAGCCGGCAUGUGACUGACCAGGAAAGCUCAAUGAAAACAUUGGCUCAGUAUGCCACUUUAAUAAUAAUAAUAAUAAUAAUAAUAGUAAAUUUCAUGUUAGGAAGGCUUAGGAAAGGGUUUGAAAACAAGCCUGCUGAUAUCGUAAUGCCUUAAUACAAAUCCAUGGUGAGACCACACUAAGAAUACAGUGCACAGUUCUGAUCUGUGCACUUAAGAAACUAUACAGGACAUCUCAAAAAGUUGCAGGACCAGACUCCCAAAAGACCAGAGGCUAGAACACCUCCCCUAAGAGGAAAAGUUACAAUUUCUGGGGCUGUUUAGUUUAGGGGGCGGGGGGAAAGCAAGUUAGGGGAGGCAUGGAGGUGAAUCUGUGGCUCUUCACAUGUUGGAUUCCUAUCGACACUAACCAGCAAGCCAAAUGUGAAGGGUUGAAGGGAGCUGCAGUCCAGCCACAUCUAGAGCACCACAGGUUUUCCUUGCCUGACUGGUAGACUCAUCAGCCCAUCAUAUGCUCACAGUCUGUUUCCUUUGUCCCAGGUCAAGAGAUCCCACUUUCUGGCUACCCUGCCCAGCCUCCAGGGCCUUACCCUAUGGAUCCCAAAGCUGGGCCAGCACCAUAUCAUCCUGGCUAUACACCAGUUGUUUCCUAUCCUCCCACAGCACCAGCUGCACAGUAUCCUCUAUAUCCACCUGGGCCACCAUACUACAACCCUGCAGGUAAGAAAGGAGGGAGGAAUUAGGCUUGAAGACAAGUGGGCCUUAGUUAAAGCUUUGUCUUAUCCUCUCCUUCUGUAUAGAGAACCUGCCUUAGGAAUUGAAGUAUUACAUUUCAUUCAGCCACCAAAUGGGGAAAGAAGGAGGCUGGUGUUGGGAACCUUCAGGUUUUCUUAGACAUAAACUCCCAUCUCCCCCAGCUACCAUGGACAAUACUUAGGGAUCACGGGAAUUGUGGUCCAGAAACUUCUGCAGGUUUCUGAGAUUAGCCGCCCUGUUCUAGACCAACAUCUCCAGAACAGAGGUUACUACCGGGAAGUGGAAGAUGGUCCAACAGGGCGAAUGGUGAACUCUUCUACCAACAUUGGCCAGCCUCUGCCUGCGUUCUUAACUUACAUUCAUUCCAGGGGGUGGCACUGUCUCCUCCCAAGUAUCAGGGUUGCUAUUGACUCUUACAUCUGUAGGGUAGGCUGCAUUUCAGCCAUUGCCAACUCAGCAGGGAGGAGGAUGGGGAGGUGGGAAACUCAAAUUAGUUGGCUCUGCAGUCGUACCUUGGUUUUCGAACAGCUUAGUUCUCGAGAGUUUUGGCUCCCAAACGCCGCAAACCCGCAAGUGAAUCCGAAUGUCCGAUGGGGCUUCCGCAGCUUCUGAUUGGCUGCAGGAGCUUUCUGCAGCCAGUCAGAAGCCACGCUUUGGUUUCCGAACAUUUUGGAAGUCAAACGGACUUCUGAAACGGAUUCCAUUCAACUUCCAAGGUACGACUGUACCUGGCUCUGGCUCCAUGUGUUGUUGGCCUCUCUGCCUUCUGUCUUACCAGUCCCAAUGGGCGCACUAGCCAUCACUGCUACCUGGGUGGUUUAACGAUAAAUUCCUCUUCACAGAGAGCUCUGGGAAUUGUAGCUCUGGAGGCAGAAUCUGGGUCUUCUCAUAACUCUCAGCACACUUCAGCUCCCAGUAUUCUUUAGGGGAAGCCAUGACUCUUUAAAAUGGUAUCAUAGUGCUUUAAAUCUGUGGUGUGAAUGUGGCCCGAGAGCUUCUUCUGGUUGUUCCUGACAUGUGGGGGGAUAACACCUCCCUUAUCCCUGUGCACUGUGCAGAAUGCAACUGCUGAGUGAUGACUUUCACAUCCACCCCUCCCUCUGAGGCUAGUCUCACUUUAACCUUCAGUGCCUCUGGCCACAUCCUGAUUGCCCCUCUCUUUCUGCUGCAGCUCCCCCACCCUACAUCCCACCACAGCCGUCACAGCCCAGCACCUGAGGAGGACCUUGCAGAGACUAUCCAAAGGAGCCCUUUCUGUCUGGGUCUGCCGUUUCCACAGAACCUAUAUUGGGUUUCCCGCUGCACUGAAAUUCCAGCCCAAGCUUCAGCAAUUGCCAAUGUCCCUACUAGUUACCUUUUGCUCUGCAUGGUAGGAGGCAUCAUGACUCUCUACGUCUUUGCCUGCGCACCCGCCACCCCCAAUUCUUGCAAUUCCUGCCUGUGUCACUGUGGGGAAGCUGAUAGUCCUCCUUGCUUUCCACCUGGGCUCAGGAAAGAGCAUGUGUUAAGACCGCCGCAAAUGCCACAUGUGUCACUUGACUGUUCCAUCGACUGUGCAGCUGAGCCUCUUCGAUGGGAAAGGAAGAGGUGUCUCAAGGUGGCAACGAAGAGCAAAGUGCAAUGGUCUGUAUCUCACAGAAGGACUUCGGUCCAUCCUGUUCCCUGACAAAGCACAAGGAUCCAUUACGCCUGCUGUUCAUGGCCCCAGGUUGAAGUUUUGUCUCUUAAGGAAGUCCUGAAACUUUGGAAAAGGGGGAUGGGAGGAUGCGCAAAUACCCCAGGAGUCUGCUUUCAUAUGUGGCUGUUAUACACCAUUAAACUUACUCACCCAGUGCCCCUCCUUUUUUUACAAACAGCUAAGCUGGGUACUUGUCCAGCAUCCCUUACCGAAACCCUUUCCACUUCAGCUUUGUCUGUGGCCUUUGAGGGGUGGGUGGAGGUUAGAGCAUCUACUUUAAAUGAGGUUCUUUGCAGCGUAGCCAUUAUUUUACAUUUCCCCCAGGAAGUUAUUGGUUCUCCCUGCAGCUUUGCCCAUAUUCUGGCUGCAUGGCUCUUUGUCUUGGCUGAGCAGCUCACCAAUCUGCUCCUGCAGGCUUAAACCAGCCCUUCCUCUCAAACGAUAGCAACCUUCGGUCUGUGGAGAUGAGGAUGCAAGGUCCAGGGUGAUGUCCCUCUCCUGAUGCAUUGAUGCCAACUUUUGGAGCGGAGAGUGUUGGAAGCUGACUCUUAAAUUUUAAUUCUCUGGAGUAGAAUCAUGGCACAGGGAGCAAGGCAAGAGUGUGGAACAAAGGCACAAUAUACCAGUCAGGGUACAAAAGCGGUCAUUGUGUGCAAAAAGGGAAAUGCUGAUGUCACAGCAGUGAAACAGUUCCCCUUGAGCUCAUGGCUCUUAGGAACGGAUGAGGCCAAUGGGCCCAUUGUCAAGAGGGAAAAUGCACCAUGCAUGUGACCUUUACUGCAAGACCACAGCACAACUUUACAUGGUGUGUUGCUGUCUUAUGGAGCUGGGCUACCAAAAACGUCUGGGAGUACAGCUCAGGAGAGAGCUCAGACCAAUGUCUCUAGGGUGGAGAACCUCGCAAAUAUUUAUUUGAAGUAUGGGACAGUAUAGAAAUAGCUUAAAUAAAUAACCUGUUCCCCCCCCCCACUGCUGGACUCCCAUCAACACCAGCUAACAUGGCUAAUAGGCAGGGAUGAUGGAAGCAGUAGUCUAGCAACAUCUAGAACAGCCUGCCCCCACCUUGGGUCCCCAAAUGUUGCUGGACUACAACUCCCAUCAGCCAAAGCCAAUGGUCAGGGAUGAUGGGAAUUGUAGUCCAAGCAGCUGGGAAUCCAAAGUUGGGAAAAGAUGAUCUGGAGGACCCCAGGUUCCCCACCCCUACCCUAGGUCAAGCCUUGUUCCCACUGUGUGGGGGGCAUGGCCCUGCUAUUUUCCGGGAGCUCAUGUUAUAUGUCAGAAUGACAAGUGUUGGCAUCACAAAACGUUGGCUAAAAUGUGGAUUAAACUUGUAAAUACUGAUAAAGCAA